UAUUGAUACAGCUAGGCUAAUAAUUGUAAACAUAUAUACAAACAUGCAUAUCCAAACAUUAUAUAAAUACAACACAUACAUGCACAUACAAACAUGCAUAUACAUACAUACAUACAAGCACAUACACACAUACACAUACAUGCACACGUAUACAUACAUAUGUACACACAAACAUGCAUACGGACACAAACACAUACACACACAUGUAUAAACAUUUACACAUACAUGAAUGCAUGCAUACACACAUACAUACACAUAUACGUACACUCGCAUACAUAUACAUGCCCCACAAACAUUCACACACAUGCACAUAACACAUACACACAUGCAUACACAUAUAUAUAUAUAUAUAUAUAUAUAUAUAUAUAUAUAUAUAUAUAUAUAUAUAUAUAUAUAUAUAUAUAUAUAUAUAUAUAUAUAUAUA